UUGUGUUCAUGCUGAGCGCGUGCGUAAAUUGGGUGCGAACCAUGCGGUUUUAUCUAAUAGUAAAAGGAUACAAAUACGUACUUUAUAUAUGUUGGUAAAAUCUUUUUGAACGUAAGCAUGGGAGUGUCGUCAUAAACUUGUUUCCUCCGAAACUCAAUAUUUAUUUGUAAAUUUCGUCAUUUCUGAGAUAUUUAUCCAUUUCUAUAAGAUUUUCUCGCACUUCAUGUCUCGUUGUACAUAUGAAUAUAGUCUAUUGUUCGUUAAUUCAGAGAAGACUAGUCAAAUAUCGUCGACUUUGGCAUUUCCAGUGCGCCAGAUGAAAUAAGGAACAAUUGCCUCCUGCUACCUCUCGUGUUCAUAUUGUUAGAACAGCAUCGAUUUUAAAAGUGACCAAAAGCAGUUACAACCAAUUAUCUACGCUAGUUUCAAUGGCGGCGACAACGUGGACGAUUCUUGAAACAAUUGUUUUGGUCAUUGUAUUCAUAGCAGCACUUUGUGCCAAUCUUAGCCUGUUCUACAUCGUUGGUACGACUAGAAACCUUCAAACAAAAGCGAAUGUAUUUAUCUUAAACCUGGCUGUCGCAGAUCUACUUGUCGCGGUCAUUAAUCUCCCUGUGACUAUAAUCACUGUUAUUGCCCAAGAUUGGGUGCUUGGUAAGACGCUUUGUCAAAUAUCUGGAUUUUUAACAUUGCUCACGUUCGUAGCAUCGUGUAUGGCUUUGUCCAUGAUCAGCAUAAAUCGCUACCAUGCUAUAGUUAAUUGGACAUCUUAUGAGAGCAAGUACACUCGCCGUAAAUGUGCUUUUUAUGUUUGUAUUACCUGGUUUAUAACCAUCGUAUUGUCUAUACCUCCGUUUUUUGGUUGGGCGAGAUUCGACUAUGAUCCAGGACAGAGUUAUUGUUUUGCUGAAUGGACAGCAAGUAAAUCGUACACGAUCUUUAUGAUUGCAGCUUGUCUAUGUGGUCCGUUGUGUAUAAUGACUUACUGUUAUGUGAGAAUAGUUCGUUAUCACGAAGAUAGUGGCAGAGAUGUCCGCCAAAUGGCGCUACGUUCUCACAGCCCUUCGUUACAAACUCUUGAAAUGAUGGACAAAGCACAAGGGUCAAGAAAACAUCGUUUGACAAGAACAGUAAUAGUGUUAAUUGUCGUCUUUGGCAUUUGCUGGUCCCCUUUUGCGAUCAUAAUGUUGAUCCAAGUAUUCUCCAAUGCGCAUGUUCCACGCGCUGUAGAUUUUGGAUCCCUGGUUUUGGGAUACUUAAACAGUUUUUUCAACGUGGUUGUGUAUAACGCAACGAAUAAAAAACUUCGACGGCAAUUUUUGAAUUUUUUUUCAGUGAUUAUCUUUCGAAAAAAGGACAAACGUUCGCAAUACACUGAAGGCGCGCAUUGUCACAGUGUCAGUGCAUCGACGGGGAAUUAUAUUUAAAUUUUAGUCAAUAUUUUAUUGAUGCUAAAUCAUCAGGUACGAGAGAAACCUUUAAUGAAAUGGUGGUUAACCAGAUAUCUGUCAUUACCCCACUUUCGGUGUAAUAAAAAGAUGGCCUAUCACUUUCAACACAGAUAAGGUAUAGAAAUUUCUGGAAAUUCGACAAACAAGACGAAGUUUUGCUCGACUUAUAAUGUUGUUUAUAAAAACUGCACAAUCAAUUUUUUUUACAAGCCUUUAUAAAAGCAUAUAAUGUUGUUUAUAAAAACAGCGCAAUCAAGAAUUUCUCUUUCGGUAGGCUUGAAAUGUAUUAUAAAGUCAACGGUAAUUUAUGACAAUGUUCGUAGCUAUAAUUGUGCAUGUGUAUACUUGAUAAUUGGUAGUUUAAUUAUACUUGAAUUGACUAUGAAUUACGAUGUAGCUAUAAUUGUGCAUGUGUAUUCUUGAUAGUUGGUAGUUUAAUUAUACUUAAAUUGACUAUGAAUUACGAUGUAGCUAUAAUUGUGCAUGUGUAUACUUGAUAAUUGGUAGUUUAAUUAUACUUAAAUUGACUAUGAAUUACGAUGUAGCUAUAAUUGUGCAUGUGUAUUCUUGAUAGUUGGUAGUUUAAUUAUACUUGAAUUGACUAUGAAUUACGAUGUAGCUAUAAUUGUGCAUGUGUAUUCUUGAUAGUUGGUAGUUUAAUUAUACUUAAAUUGACUAUGAAUUACGAUGUAGCUAUAAUUGUAGAUGUGUAUUUUGAUAAUUGAUAGUUUAAUUAUACUUAAAUUGACUAUGAA